AUGAGUGAUUUCAGCGCUUCCGGAUUCCAUCACUUUGCGUCAGCGUUUGCCAACGCCAUGAAAUCCAUGAAAGGCCUUUUCAUCGUCCUCUUCGUCAGAGCAGCAGCUCAGUGUGACAAGGGCGAGUUUUGGGACUCCGUGCAGUGUUUAAAAUGCCCUAUGGGAAGGUGGACCGACAGUGAAAACACGGAAGGUGCAGUGAAUUGCCAAGCCUGUCCUGCGGGCAGGUGGAGCAACCAAGAGGGAACGCAAAGUCCACUGGACUGCUUCGAAUGCCCAACUGGAAGGUGGGCCGCAGCGGAGGGCGCUGCCCAGGAGGAUGUGUGUAUCCACUGUUCAGCUGGGCGAGCCUCCUCAGUGCUGGGUUCCUCCAGCUUCGAAAGCUGCGAGCUUUGUGAGCCAGGGCGCUUUAGUGACUUUGGAGCAGGCAGCUGCAGCCUCUGCUAUGCCGGUUCCUGGAGCGAUGCCGUGGGUGCCACGGGCAACGAAACCUUCUCCUGCACGCCUUGUGACGCCGGGCGUUUUGGCGCAGAAGCUGGCAAGACGGAUGCUUCAUUGUGUCAGGAUUGUCCUGUGGGACGUUGGACGGAUUCGGAGGGCUUGAGCGAGUGUGCCUUCUGCCCUGCAGGGCGCAUUGGGCUUCAGGCCGGGCAAUCAAUGUUGGAGAACGCAUGCAGCAGCUGCUCCCCUGGUCGGAGUAGUGAGCCAGGUGGUUCCAGCUGCUUUGGAUGUGUUGCUGGCACCUGGGCCGCUGAAGGCUCCGAAUGUUUGCCAUGCCCCAGUGGCCGCUGGAGCAGCACCGUCGAGGCAACCAACCUGGCCAGUUGCCAGCAAUGCGACCCAGGGCGCUUCAACCAGCAGAUUGGUGCAAGCAGCAUCAAUGCGUGUGAGCAGUGCGCCUUAGGAACUUGGAACAACCAGCUGGGUGCCUCCGAAUGUGCGAACUGCACGGCUGGCCGGUUCUUUUCGUCGGUGGGCGCCACUGCGGUAGAGCAAUGUCUCGCUUGCGGCACAGGACGGGCCAGCCGAGCCGGUGCUCGCAGCUGUGAAGAUUGCCCGCCGGGGCGUCAUGCUCCCGAUGAGACGUCAGCGUCCUGCAUCGAGUGUUCAGCGGGAAGCUACUCACAGGAGGCCCUGAGCAGCAGCUGCAUCUCCUGUGCUGCUGGGCGUUUUAGCAGCCAGCCUGGUGCCAGUAACGGCGAGGCCUGCCAGGAUUGCAUUCCAGGGCGUUUCUCUUUGGAGAACAGCAGUCAAUGCGAGGAAUGCGAACCAGGUGGCUGGUCCGGCUUUGUGCGGCAGACGCGCUGCGAGCAGUGCGCGGCCGGAACGGCCAGCAGUCAACGUGGGGCCACCACCAAGGAGUGGUGCCUCCUCUGUGGUCGUGGCAACUUCAGCCUUUCUGGGGCCGCUGCCUGUAGCCGCUGCGCCGCCGGCCGCGCGGCCAAUCUCGUGGGGGCCAGCGCCUGCGAGGAGUGCGCGGCGGGGCGCUAUACGUCUACCGAGGGUGCGACAGUGUGCGAGGCAUGUCCCAGUGGCAGGUCCGCCGGUUCCAGGGGAUCUAGCUCGGAAGAGGCCUGUGAGAUCUGUCCCCCCGGGCGCUUGGCGCCGGAGGUGGGUACGGCCAGCUGUGACCAGUGCCAAGCUGGGAGGUGGCAACAGCUGCCGGGAGCAACUGGCUGCAACUUGUGCCCACCGGGUACUUCAAAUUCAGCCCCGGGUGGCAGCAGUGAUUCGCUCUGUGCUCCCUGCGGCCUGGGUUUGUGGAGCGGUGAAGGUGCCAGUAGCUGCAGCCUCUGUAGCGCUGGGCGUUUCGGUGCGACCCAGGGACUGAGCCUCUGCAGCCUAUGUCCAUCUGGCAGCUACAGCAACCAGCAGGGCGCCACUGCAGAGUCUGCCUGUGAGAAGUGUCCACCUGGACGUUUCUCGGAAGUCACUGGGGCCGGAGGCUUUGAAGCCUGCAACGAAUGUCCUCGCGGGAGAUGGUCGGCGGUCUUUGGUGCCAGCCUAUGCGCGGGCUGUCCCGCAGGGCGGGUGAGCCAGAGCAUCGGAGCUUCCAGCGUUGAGGUCUGCUUGGACUGUGAUCCAGGCAGCUACAGCAACGAGUCAUGGAGUUCCUGCUUGGCCUGCCCCACUGGCCGUUGGGGUGCUUCUCCUGGUAUGGCCAAAUGCACGGCCUGCCUUGCCGGUCGCUGGAGCGACGCCACUGGGCAGGUGGAGCUAGGCAGCUGCCGCCUUUGCCCCAGCGGCACCUUUCAGCCGUGGCCAGGGGCAGAUGCCGUGAGCUGGUGCCUGCCAUGUGAAGCAGGGCGCUGGAACGGUGCCGAAGGUGCCAGCAGAUGUACGGACUGCCCUCUUGGGCGGGCCAGUGACGUGCUUGGCGCGACCGUAGAAGCUGUUUGCGAGGCCUGCCCUGUGGGCCGUUCUGCGUUGCCGGGCCUUGCGCGCUGCAGCCUUUGCCCCGCGGGGCGUUUCGCGGAGUUCGAGGCCUCCGGGUGGUGCGACGGCUGCCCCAGCGGACGCUUCGGGCCCAGUGAAGGUGCCAUGAGCAAUCGAACUUGUUUUCCAUGCCCGCAGGGCUAUUGGACUUUGUCUGAGGGUUCUUCCUCGUGUUCAGGAUGUUCUGCUGGCCAAAUCAACACAAACGAUGCGGCCUCCUCUGAAGGCGUUUGUGUGGAGCAUGGCGCAUCCAGCAUGCUGAUGGUCAACGGUUGCACCCUUGGUCUGCUGAUGCGAUGGCUUCUGGCAAACGCCCUGUAA